AUGGACCGCAUCUCGAACCAUGCUGAUACUUUUCCCAUCCCUCCACUGCCCUCUGGGAUUUGGUACGGAAACCCAGAGCUUGGCAUCUGGGCACGGCUGCCAAACCCGACACGAGGUCCCUUUUCCAACCUUCCAUUGUCCAUGUCUCCCCGCUUGUCAGCCUUUUUUGGUCGUCGAGCCUCCCUCCGGCAUGAUCGCAGCUAUCCCGCCAGCCAGGGAACCACGACAACAAGAUCCUCGUUGUCGUCCCAAGAACGCCGAACCCUCGUCUGUACAAGGCGUGAUGGGCGUUCAUGGGUGGGAAUCGUCAAAUUGUUCAACGCCCGCCGUGUAGUUGAUUUAGCACAAGCCCAGCGCUCCCCGAUUCUCUCGAAUCAAGCCAAAGAAUACCUACGCCACUCUACGGAUACAGCAGGCGGCCACAACAGGGGGAGCGUGGUCGGUCAGCUUCUUUUCCCUGCAGAGCCCCAGGGUGAAGGGGGCGAGCCAUCGAUCAACCAUUCCCGUGCGCUAGAAGCCAUGGAAAGAAACGACUCACCCCUCCAUCAACGGGACAAGGACGAAGGAAAGAAAGAAGAGGGGAUGGCGAACGGCGGCUUUGGGAGAGAGAUGGAGGCAAAUCGCAGCGAUUUACGGGAAGACGCACGGAAGGGAAAGUUGCGACAGCUCACAUGCCACAAGGUCAGCACCGGCGCGCAUCGCGAAUUGAACAAGCCACCGCCGCACGCCAGAGGCAAGGAAGGCGUGCGGUGUACCUCACCAGUGGUUGGAGGUCUAGAGAAACAACCAAUCCUCCAAAAGUCGAGGCGAUGGGGUAAGAUGCACACCUCCUACACCCCUCCAACCCCAACCCGCAAUUGCAUUGGCAUUGCUCGCAUUGCUCGCACUCAUGUCCUGGGGAUCAAAAUGCUGUCGGUAAUGCUGGUUUGUACAACGACACACGGCGGCGCGUACAGCACCGACCACGCAAGCUCAGUGCCAGGUCAAGCUCGCUCCGUGAAGGUUAGCUACGGCCGAUCCAUUGUAAAUUGCCUCAAUCACAGCAACCUGACCAUUCUGGCUCUUUUCUGCCUGGUGGUAAUGGCGGUGGUGUUGAGUUCUUGUUUCUUGUGUAAUGCUGAAGUCGUGACUUUUAAGGAUGGCUGUGGCAUGGAGAACAAGCAGCGAGAAGGCAAGUUUACCCUUCCUUUAGUCACCCAUUCGCGUACAACGUCCCACGAACAUCGAUAUGAACAAGCAGACUACCCGUCUCUGCGAUCUAGGGCCCCCCCUCUUUCACGCUACCCAAGUACAAGCCACACGUUGCUCUUCCUUCUCUCUUUCUGUCCCUCCCUCUAUCUACUGUGUAACUCCUGCCUAACCUUGCCCACGUUGCACGCGGCGGAAUCGGCGGACGGCGCGACUGCACGAUGGACAGGCCCUGCUUCACACCGUCAUCCCCCCUCUCUCUUUUUCCCCCUCUUCCCCAAUUUCCCAAAAUCAAAUAUGCGGUCGCCUUGCCAGGCGCCUCGUCGGCUUGUGGCCUUUCCGCCUUGCGAAUCUAUCCAAUCAGAAGACUGUCAAUAUUAUCCGUACCUGCCCAGUGCUUACAGCCUGAACGAGCGGUAUGAGCAGGUACCUACCCACUCACUUACCGAUACCUUCUACCUAUACAAGUGUAUUUGCGUAUCUUGGGCAGAUCAGAAAUCCUUUGAAGAGGGCAAGAAGACAUCACAUCAUGGCGAAUCCAACUCUGACGCAGCGUGGGUUUGCCAAGUACUUGGGUCGUACAUACAUCAGAUCAGAUCAGAGACCAUGACAAGCAACGAAAUCUGGAGAGGAAUAUCAUCGGCUCCCGAGAACCGCGCGGCAACGACCCGUAUCCAAACCACACACCAUCCACCCACUUACCCACACACCCCGUUCCUUGAAAAAGCUCUCGCAAACAGGGAGGGGCCUUGUAAUUCUUCCUCUCUAUCGAUCGACACGUUCUCUUAUGAAUCUCACUCCAUACUACACAGACAAUACGCACGGGAGUACGUACAUGGUAUCCGUACCCUCUACCACGGCACUCGAAUCUCUGGGCCUUUCCGGGGGAAAUCUGAACUCUCCCAAGGUCCUUCCCUCUUUCCCGCUGCGAACAACAAUAAGCGCAUUUCUAAAUCGGCAUACACAAACCCACUACACCAUAUUUACAGGGACAUUCCUUACAUCUCACGGAAAUAUGGCAGUAAAGGUCCCCCUGUCCGCGUCUGGAAGAAACCGAAAACCUCUCGGCAGUCAAAAUCUCGGCUUCUCAUGAAGAAUUUCCCCCCUAAGCCAGCCAGCCACCGCCAUCCGCCGUCCAGACCCUGCCCGAACUGCCGCCAGGACCGGAAACGACGUCUGUUUGUGGCGUUGUUCUGGGGGUCAGAAGUGACACCACGUGGGACGGGAGGCCCUGACGUUGACUGCUUCUGGUCACUUCUCACAUCAAAACAUUCCAUCGCCCAGAACCAGGUUCAACACCUUUUGUCCCCUGUUCUCCACAGGCGCCCCUUCUCUUCGACUACUGCGUACCCAUUCAUCUGCUCAGCUCACCGAGUAUUCAUUCUCAUGGCUUUGUUAUGUCAUUCAGUGGAUGAUGGGGUGUACUUCCUCCUCUCAAUCUCCCCUCCCACUUCUGUCUCGACGCCUCCUGGCACAUGUCAUGUCAUUCAUGUUAUAGACUUUCACGUUGUGGGCGAAGAAAAAAAUGUGGCUCAAAUAAUUCUUGAAACUUCAAUCUUUGAAACUUCAAGUCUGGGUUCAUCAGAUUUCUUGAAUCCUCCGCCGCCGCCUCCUGGUGGUAUUUCGCCUUGUAUGGCUACUCGAGGAUUCCAAGCCCCCAUCCCGAUUUCCCAAGAAUGUGUAGUAACAGUGGUAAAAUGCCAAAAAUACGACUCCGAUAUUGUCGUCUACUUCUCUUUCCCUCCUCCAAGAAGACUGAUCGGAACGCUUCACGUCUUCAUGACGUGUGCUUUUUCUCUUGUUCCUCGCCGGAAAACACCAUCUCUUCUGCCAUUCGCAGACAAGGAAGAAGUAGUUGAAGGAAAUGAUAAGACGUUUGCUUUGGUAACGAUCGACUGUCGGUCUGCGGUUGCUCGCUCCAAAGGCGUGUCUUGUGGCGUCCUAUUUGUGUGA